GGAGCGGAAAGUGGGGAAAGCCCGAGAACUUACCGUCCGCCCGCGCCCGCCCGUCCCGCCGGGCGUCGCCGAUUCCCACCGAGAGAUGUCUGAGACUCCUGCUCAGUGCUUUAUCAAGCAGGAGAGAAUUUCGUACACCCCUCCGUCGAGCCCGGUACCAAAUUACACCUCGUCACCACUACAUGUCUCAGUGCCUCGAGCCAUCAGGAUGGAGGAAGACUCGAUCCGACUGCCCGCACACCUGCGUUUGCAGCCCAUUUACUGGAGCAGGGACGAUGUGACACAGUGGCUCAAGUGGGCGGAGACAGAGUUCUCCUUGCGGCCGAUUGAGAGCGGCAGUUUCGAGAUGAAUGGCAAAGCUCUGCUGCUCCUCACCAAAGAGGACUUUCGAUACAGGUCUCCUCAUUCAGGUGAUGUUUUGUAUGAACUCCUUCAGCACAUCGUAAAGCAAAGAAAACCUCGUAUGCUCUUCACACCGUUCUUCCACCCUGGGAACUCCAUCCAUUCUCAGACAGAGGCUGUAUUACACCAGAACCAUGAUGAAGAUAGCUUUGUCCAGAGACCUUCAAGACCAUCCACAGAAACAGUCCACCACAACCCCCCAACCAUUGAACUGUUGCAUCGUUCUAGGUCACCCAUCACCAACAAUCACCGUCCAUCACCAGACCCCGAUCAGCAUCCACUGAAGUCCCCUAUGGACAACAGUAUCCGCCACCUCUCCCCAGCUGACAGGAUGCCAGGAACAAGGUAUCAGCAAGAGAACAACCACCAGGAGUCCUAUCCUCUCUCAGUGUCCCCCAUAGAAAACAACCACUGCCCACCUCCUCCUGAGGUGCUUCAGAAGCCCUCCAGCCCUCGCCAGGAGAACACCAGGGUUAUCCAGCUGAUGCCCAGCCCCAUCAUGCAUCCCUUGAUACUGAACCCCAGGCACUCCGAUUUCAAGCCACCAAGGUUUUCUGAGGAUGGGCUGCACAGGGAUGUGAAGCCAAUCAACCUGUCCCACCGAGAAGAGUUAGCCUAUAUGAACCACAUCAUGGUGUCUGUAUCUUCUCCUGAGGACCACACCAUGCCAAUUGGAAGAAUAGCAGACUGCAGGUUGCUCUGGGACUAUGUUUAUCAGCUGCUUUCUGACAGCCGGUACGAGAACUUCAUCCGAUGGGAAGACAAGGAAUCCAAGAUCUUUCGGAUAGUGGAUCCCAAUGGGCUGGCCCGGCUGUGGGGAAACCACAAGAACAGAACAAAUAUGACUUAUGAGAAAAUGUCCAGAGCCCUACGCCACUACUACAAACUAAAUAUCAUCCGGAAGGAGCCAGGACAAAGGCUUUUGUUCAGGUUCAUGAAGACCCCAGAUGAGAUCAUGAGUGGCCGAACGGACCGCCUCGAGCACCUUGAAUCCCAGGAACUGGAUGAACAAAUAUACCAAGAAGAUGAGUGCUGAAGGGGGCCAUGGCAUGGCUGGCACAGUUUGGGUGGGGACGCAACGACACAGAAGCAGUACUUGGGGUCGCCGCUUAGCUUGAAGACCACGCAGGACCUGAAGCACCUUAACAAACUAACAGGCAGAAGUGGUGCUGGCAGAAAAGUAAAGGGGAGAAAGCCUGGACUUAUGCACUACUUCACUGUUCCUACAAAGUCUCCCUUGAAUUCCUUCUUUCUUUUUGGUUUGUUUCAGUUUUGGGGUUUUUUUUUUGAUGUUUUGGGUUUGGUUUUUUUUCCCCUAAUAAACAUGCAGUUUGACUUUCCCUAUCUCAUAUAGGACAAGACAUCACAUUAUGCUUCUUGGGGGUGGGAGUAGGGAGGUUUGAAAAGCUUUCCUAUGGAAACAGAGCACUUAUUUUCUGUGCAAGUCUCAUGACAUAACACUGCAUAAAACAAUGGCAUCACAGAAGGGAUUUGCUCAAGGGUUCCAGUUUGCUCGGCUCAACUUACAUCUGCUGCCACUGGGAAAUGUGUUAAAGUAACCAAAGCGAUUCUCCACACGUAUCUGUCAAGUGAAGAGGAGUCACCCUGCAUGCGUGGGCUGCACAGCGACUCCUGCCAGUGGCUAUUAACUGCUGGAUCAUGGACCAAAACAGAUCACCUAAGUGCUCCAGGGAGGAGAAAAAUAAAUGUGACAAACCUCUGCAAUAGACUGAUGUUGAUGGUUUCCCUCUCUAGCAAGCAAGUGAAAGAGUGGAGUGGGGUGGCAGUCAGGAGGGGGAAAAUACACAUAUAGCUAUGUGUGUGUAUAUAUGACAAAGGUUCAUAUAUUUAUAUCUGUGUAACCCCCACAGUGCAGAAUUCCAGCUCAAAGGGUACUGUAAAAAAAUCAAAGGCUGAAGCAUCUGUAAUUACAAAAGGAAGGAGUGCUUGAUAGCAAUUUUGAGGUGGAAGGUGAAGGACUGUUCCUUACCCUGUAGGGAGAAAGCAAAGGGAUCCAUCACAUGGUUUGCAUUGCUCAGUGGCCUCUCCAGGAUCAUUUGUGCUGCUGGAGAGGUAGGUGAUUCACCAAUCUGAAAGCUGAUGGUUAAAAACUAGAGACCAAAUAGCUAUACUUGUAAUGGGUUUGGGCUUUGUUUUGGGGAUUUGCUAUUUUGGCUUUUUUUAAUGCUUCCUCCUAUCUUCCCCACGCCACAGGUCUGCCAUCAAGGGAGCUUCUCUCAGUUUGAAUGUGAUUCAAAAGACAAAGACAAAAAAGAAACCCUACAGCCAUGGUGCUUUCUUGGGGUUUGGGUUUGUUCUGGUUGCAAGGUGCCUCUUUUUGCACACCCCUAGUCUGAUCUGCUGCACUGUAUAAGGCAAAGAGCUACACCUACUUUGGUCACUGGAAGCUCGACUGUCCUUGAUGCCAAAUAGAAGAGCAACUGCUGGCUCUUGUUAUUGCACAUUGCUUGGACCACCAUGGCAGGCAAGUCUGUAGUGUCUUGUGAUACAUCAGCAGAGGCUCUUUGAAGGGAAGGAAGAUCUGGCAGCAGAAAUGAUGCUUGUUAACAGAGAAGGUGCGUAAAGAAACGACGCAGGAAUCCCGUGGUGGCUGGAGGAAAGUGCACAAAUGCUAGUUCAUUAAAAGAGAACCUUGGGAACUUUAAUACUAGAAAUGGGGAAAAAACAACAGGCCAGUCUAAUCCCUUUCAACCAAAACCCAAGGUCCACUCCCACCACAGAGCCUUCACCAGCUGUUAAAGACACACAACAUUGGUCUUACCCCAUGUUUAACAAGAAGGUUCAUCUAUCCAGAAAAUAUGGUACUUGGAAAUGCAUAGUGAUGUCUGAGCUUAAACAGAGUUAGUCUGGUCUACAGAAGGCUUUGUAGGGAGUCACAGGUCAUAGAAGGACCAGUUUGGUUAAGGGUGUAGGCAUCUUCCAAAGAGGAGAGAUUUUCCAAAGCCAGUACCUGGUGAGGAACUUUUCCCAGCUACAGAUUGUUUAGUAACUCACUAUGUUAUAAGUGCCAGCACACUGCAUACUUGCCUUUUUCCGCCUCAAAACAAGCUAGGGGAGUGUGUAUCAGAGCAAACCUGCAACCUGGCAUCUGUCUCUGCUGUGACUAAAGUCCUUGGAGCUCAGGAGAGAUGAGAUGGGCAGACACGGGGAGACACUGAGAGACUUAAGCGGUUACAGAGCUGAAACCAAAGGUCUCUUGAAGCCAAAGGGCCAAGGAAUUACUCUGCUUUGUCACACUGCUCAAGGGCAUCCAAGCUGUGGCUAUGUCUCAGGAGCGGGGGUGAAGCGGUGACUAUGAAUGAUAGAUGAAGAGUGAUCAGAAGAAUCAAUGUAAAGAAUGCUUCUUACUGGUUCCUUGUGUUUCUUAGGGUGCCCAAGUGGCAGAAGGUGUUUACAAAUACUUAAAGGGUGGGCAUCAGGAGGACAGGCCCAGUAUUUUCUCAGUGGUGCCCAAGAACAGGGCAGGGGCUAAUGGUCACAAACUCUAAUGCAAGAAGUUCCAUCUAAACAUGAGGAAAUUCUUUACUUUGAGGGUGCUGGAGCACUAGGACAGGCUGCCCAGAGAGGUUGUGGAAUUCCCAUAUCUGGAGUCAUUAAAAAAUCUACCUGGAUGCCAUCCUGUGUAACUUCCUUUAUGUGACCAUGCUCUGGCAGGGGUGGGGCUGGACUGGAGAAUCUCCAGAGGUCCUUUCCAACCCCUAACUUUCUGUGAAAGAAACAAAGUUUAUACAGAGAAAAACUGAUACUCUUGACUGUCCAGGCUGUGACAACUGCAUAACUCUGCUAUUUUCUUUUGCCUGCUACAGCUACUGUGUGAGCUAAGGAGAAAAUAGGAUGAUGGGGCCCUUCUAUAUAAAAAAUGCUCUGAUGAGCCACAGGGGUUUUGUCACAGCUAAGGUGCACACUGCAAAAUACAUGGAACAAAAGACAAUCCACCAGUGCUGUCCCAUGGUGAAAUUUUGUACAGGAAAUGUUCACCUUUACCAAAAACUGCAAUCACUUUCACCUGCAAAAUCUAAACCAAAUGGAAAAUAUACUUGGUGGCUGUUAGAAACUUCCAGUUCACAGGUAAAAGACAUCUUAAGACCACUUCACCAUCACAACCACAGAGAAUUUUUCUCAAGGCUGAUGAUAGAAUGAAAACAGCCUUUGAAGUUGGAACAGGUCAAUCCCACAGAGAUACUUCCUGGCUGAUGCUGUCCCCUGCCAGGCCUGUGUGGUGCAAGCAGGGGCUUAAGACCUGUUGUGGGAGCUGCAGGAUCUGAACUGCCUGUUUGGUCUUGGAAGGACGUUUACUAGGUAUGACUAAAGAACCAUGAAACCAGGCUAGAGCAGCUGCAGCAGGCAGAUUCCCAUCUACCUCACAUCCAACUGGCAGAUAUGUGGAGCACACAUCAUUAACACAGCAAGCUCCAGGACUGCUUGGUGAUCUGGCUGGGCUAGUGAAGGUGAUGCUGCCCUUCCACUGGCCCUAAGCCGCACCUUCCUGCCCCCGGUCCUGCAUUCCCAGGGUAGAAGUUCCCAGCACCAAACCAUCCAGACUUUCUGCCUUUGCCAUCAAAGCACUCCACAAAGGAGUGGCAUCCAUGGAGACGUGCAAAAAGACAUCUGGACACAAUCCUAGGCAUCUGGCUUAAGGAGGAGGGAUGAGGGGUUGGAUCAGAUGUAUUCUAGGUCCCUUCCAGCCUCAACACCCAACAAAAGAUCUUCAAACUGUAUGGUUGAGUAGGACCUUCAUUACUGUCAACUUGCUGCAAGUCUGAACAAGCCACAAGCUGGUCAGGCAAGACAUGCUGCAGUUCCACAGCAGAAUGGUUUUUUGACAUAAGGCUGAAACCUUUCAACUGCCUCUUCAUCCAAAGAACACUACAGGGGGGCCCUUUUCAUCACCAUUAAGUUGCUGCCACCCUCCCCAGACUUCAAACUCCACACAUGCAUUCUCCAGAUCUCUGUUAGACUGCAACUGUGUGCAACUCCAGAACGCUUCAGUUUGAGGUCUUUUUUUUUUCCUGUUUAAUAAAAUUCCAGUUUGUUUUUAUUGAUGAUGGCUUUUUGGUUUUUUAAGGUGUGGGGCUAAGAGACUGAAUCAAAUGAAUGUAACAAAACAAAAACAAAGCCUAUUCUCAGGGCCAGUGAGUUGCAAAUAAUUUUUUUAAUGCUUGUAAUUACAUCAUCUCAAUAAAAAGACAAUUAAUAUAAAA